ACUGUUGAAAGAUUUCCAAUUUAGUUGCCGAGUUCUGAUGUGACAUAACACACUUUCCCUAAUUAUUUCGGUUCUGUUUCUCUCAUGAGAAAGAGAAGAGAGACGGGGAUGGAUUCCGAGGACGAUAUGCACGACGCCAACGACGUUGAAUCCGACGACGACGGCUUCUACAGCGACGAGAACGACGCCGCCUCCGACUACAAUAGCAACGACGACGACGAUUACGUCAUCGAGGAAGAUGAAGACGGUAUCAACAUGAUCCAGGCUCGUCGCCCUGAGAAUAAUUAUGUUGUCUUGAAGGAGUUAGAUAUCAAGGAACGCCAGGAAGAGGAUAUUACAAGUGUAUCUUCUGUGCUUUCCAUAUCAAGAGCUGCUUCAACCAUCUUGCUUCGCUACUAUAAUUGGAAUGUUAGUGAAGUGCAUGAAGCAUGGUUUGCAGAUGAAGAGAGAGUCCGGAACACUGUUGGCUUGUUACCCGAGCCAGUUGUUCAGUUUGCGAACUCAAGAGAACUGAUGUGUGGGAUCUGUUUUGAAGCCUUUCCACGUAGUAAGCUAAAAUCAGCAACUUGUGGUCAUCCUUUCUGUUUUGAAUGUUGGGAAGGCUACAUUAGAUCAUCCAUCAAUGAUGGUCCUGGAUGUUUGAUGCUGAGAUGUCCUGAUCCAUCUUGCGGUGCUGCUGUUGGUCAAGACAUGAUUCAUAUGUUUGCCUGUGAUGAUGAUAAGUGCAAGUACUCUAAGUACCUGCUUAGGUCUUUUGUUGAAGACAACAAGAAGACCAAGUGGUGUCCAGCUCCAGGUUGUGAGCAUGCUGUUAAUUAUGUUGGUGAUAAUGAAAAUUAUGAUGUUUCUUGCCUCUGUUCAUAUGACUUUUGCUGGAAUUGUACGGAGGAAACCCAUCGUCCUGUGAACUGCAACACCGUAAAGUUAUGGAUUUUGAAGAACAGUGCUGAGUCUGAAAACAUGAACUGGAUAUUAGCCAAUUCCAAGCCAUGUCCAAAGUGCAAGCGACCGAUUGAAAAAAACCAAGGGUGUAUGCACAUGACAUGCUCACCAGCUUGUAAAUUUGAGUUUUGCUGGCUAUGCCUUGGUGCAUGGUCAGACCAUGGUGAGAGGACAGGUGGUUUCUAUGCUUGUAAUCGCUAUGAGGCAGCUAAGCAAGAGGGAGUUUAUGAUGAAGCUGAGAGAAGAAGAGAAAUGGCAAAGAAUUCUUUGGAGAGAUACACUCAUUAUUAUGAACGUUGGGCAAGCAAUCAAUCGUCAAGGCAGAAAGCUCUUGCUGAUUUACAUCAAAUGCAAACUGUCAACAUGGAGAAGCUGAGUGAGAUACAGGGUCAACCCGAGUCUCAGCUCAAGUUCUUAUCUGAUGCCUGGCAACAGAUUGUUGAAUGUAGGAGAGUGCUGAAAUGGACUUAUGCCUACGGAUACUACUUAACUGAGCAUGAAAGUGCUAAGAAACAGUUUUUUGAGUACUUGCAAGGUGAGGCAGAGUCUGGGCUGGAAAGGCUUCAUCAAUGUGCAGAGAAGGAGCUACUACCAUUCCUCAAUGCUGAUGGCCCAUCACAAGAAUUCAUUGAAUUCCAUACAAAAUUAGCAGGACUGACUGCGGUGACUAAAUCCUACUUUGAGAAUCUGGUGAGGGCAUUGGAGAAUCACCUAUCAGAUGUGGACUGUCACCAAACUAGCAAUCGGGCAACAAGCUCAAAAAAUGGAACUAGUAAAGGAAAAGGUGGCAGAGGAAAGGAAAGUAGUCGAGCUGGUGGCUCCAGCAGAAACUAAUUCCUGUAAUUAUGCAAAUUUCAAGUUGCCACUGCAUGCAAAGUGUGCUACCAUCACCAGUGAGUAUUUCUAGUGGCAACUGGGAUAGACUAAGAACAAUAAGGGGGAUUCUUGGUCUGAGAACAUGAAGGAUAGCAUUCGAACUUUAUGGAGAAACAAAUGCUAGCCUGUUGUGUAUUCAUGUGUUGGUUGAAACGUGUUUAUUCUUGUAC